UCACAUCCUGCUGUGUCUGGCAGGGCUGGAGUACAACCUCAUCCGGCUCCCCAUGGCCAGCUGCGACUUCUCCCUGCACGCCUACACCUACGAUGACGUCCCCUACGACUACGAGCUCGCCCACUUCAGCCUGCGGGACGAGGACACCAAGCUGAAGAUCCCCCUCCUGCACAGAGCCUCGGCCAUGAGCAAGCAGCCRCUGUCGCUGUACGCCAGCCCCUGGACCUCGCCCACCUGGCUGAAGACCAGCGAGUCCUACGUGGGCAAGGGGACACUGAAGGGGGAGGCGGGGGACAGGUACCACAAGACCUGGGCCAACUACUUCAUCCGGUUCCUGGAUGAAUACGCCAAGCACAACCUGACCUUCUGGGCAGUGACRGCRGAGAACGAGCCCACGGCCGGGCUSAUCAACAACUACCCCUUCCAGUGCYUGGGCUUCACGGCCGAGCAGCAGCGCGAUUUCAUCGCCCAGGACCUGGGCCCGGCGCUGGCCAACAGCUCCCACCGCCACGUCCAGCUCAUCAUCCUSGAYGACAACCGGCUGCACCUCCCGCACUGGGCCAAAGUGGUCCUGGAGGAYGAGAGGGCAGCUCGCUACGUCCACGGCAUCGGCAUCCACUGGUACCUGGACUUCAUCGGUCCCAUCCAGGACACGGUGCUGCCCACUCACGAGCUCUUCCCUGACUACUUCAUCCUGGCCACGGAGGCGUGCAUCGGCGCCCAUUUCUGGGAGCGGGAUGUGAUCCUGGGCUGCUGGGAGCGGGGMAACCAGUACAGCCACAGCAUCCUGACGAAUCUGAACCACUUUGUGGCCGGCUGGACCGACUGGAACCUGGCCCUGGACUUGGAGGGGGGCCCCAACUGGGUUAAAAACUACGUGGACAGCCCGAUCAUUGUGGACAGCAGCGAAGGAAUCUUCUACAAACAGCCCAUGUUCUACCACAUGGGGCAUUUCAGUAAGUUCAUCCCCGAGGGCUCCCAGCGCGUGGGGCUCUCUGCCUCCAAGGAGUCCAAGAAGACGGCGCUGGAGUACACGGCUUUYGUGCGGCCCGACGGGGCUGUGGUGGUGGUGGUUCUGAACCGCUCCCCGCAGGACAUCARCUUCGGGCUGGCCGACACCGUGGGCCUCAUAGCGGCCGUGGCUCCGGCCAACUCCAUCCAGACCUACCUGUGGCGGCGGCAGUGACGGGGCCGGGACGCCCAUGGCCGGCCAGGGGCCGGACGCAGCCGAGCCGGACRCGCAGCCCCAGCUGCCCGCGGGCUCGGGCCGGGGCGCACGGGGGAGGCGGCUCAGCGGGGCCGAGUGCUCGGAGCGCUCCCCGGAGACRCCGUGCGAGUGCAGGAGGGCCGGGGGGCAGCGAUGUCCCUCAGGGUGGAGACCCCACAGGCUGCGAGCGCCGUGUUGUGCUGGUCUGACAUUAAACACGGAUGCUGCCUUGA